AUGAGAUAUAGAUUAGAUAUUCUUUACAUGCUUUCUCUUUUCAACCCUCUUUUCUCUCUCUUUUUCUUCACCACAUAAUUAAUAAAUCUCUGCUCCUCUCUCACCUUCUUCUUCCCAAUCUUCCUACCUGCAGACAUCCCAUCUCUCUCUCUCUCUCUCCAUAAUGGGUUGAUUCCCAAUCUGAACAUGGCCGCUGCUUGCUGAUCAGAGAGAGAAAAGAGAAGAAAAAGAAGAACCAUCUCUGAGAAAUCGAUGAAGCACAUACAUCUAUCACUUCUCUCCAAGAACACAGGUGUUACUACUCCAAGUACCACCACUUAGUACUACCAACUAAUUGUGCAAAUAGACAUAUUUCUUUCGUUUUUUCAAGAUGAAUCAGUGCGUACCAAGCUGGGACCUCGACGAAACUCCCACCUCCGCCGGUGGGGUUAGCCUCCGUUCACUCUCCAACGCCGUUUCCGCUGCCACCGACGUCCCAAUGUUGGACUGUGGACGUGGUGGAACUGACGGUGGUCGUCGGCGCAGGUUGGACUACGAAGUGACAGAGCUGACAUGGGAGAACGGUCAGUUGGCGUUGCACGGGUUAGGUCCCCCUCGGCCCAUCACCAAACCCCUCCCCUCCUCCGCCACCACCACCACCACCACCAAGUACACGUGGGAGAAGCCACGCGCUGGCGGUACUCUCGAAUCCAUCGUCAGCCAAGCCACACGCUCGGCGUCGGCCCCGUGCAAGGCUCUCUUCAACGGAGAUGAUGACCUCGUGCCCUGGUUUGAUCCGCGCGGCACCGCCGCCGCCCAGUCCAUGACCAUGGACGCCUUGGUCCCUUGCACCAACCGGACGACCUCCGCCGACGACCAUUGCACCCGCGUGCCGGAACCCAAUCCGGGCGUUGGCACGUGUGCCAUCGCCUGCUCCACACGUUUGGAGUCCUCCAGCGAGACUGGCACACUCGAUCGCCGGCUGGAGCAGGAGGCGCUCGCCAAGAAACGCCCGAGGCUGGAGCAUGUUCCCGUCGAGGGAAGCAGCAAGCAAAGCGUGAGCAUCAGCGCUUCCUUCGGAAAGGACAAUAGCAGGCAAGACAUGACGCUCGACACCUACGAGCUGGACACCGAAGUGGGUUUCACUUCCACCUCUUUGGGAUCGCCGGAAAACACAAGCACCGGCCACCCUCGGGCGUCCUACACCAAAUCCACCACAAUGGUCGACGACCAUGACUCCGUUUCUCAUAGCAGACCUGAGAAGGAAUCAGGUUUUGAAGAAGACAAGAAGGGCCAGACAGGAAAAUCUUCCAUCUCAACUAAGAGAAGCAGGGCUGCUGCAAUUCAUAACCAAUCUGAACGUAAAAGGAGAGAUAAGAUCAACCAAAGAAUGAAGACUUUGCAGAAACUGGUCCCAAAUUCCAGUAAGACUGAUAAAGCCUCCAUGCUUGAUGAAGUGAUUGAAUAUCUUAAGCAACUACAAGCCCAAGUCCAGAUGAUGAGCAGGAUGAGCAUGCCACACAUGAUGCUGCCAAUGACCAUGCAACAGCAACUUCAGAUGUCCAUGUUAGCUCAAAUGGGCAUGUUCAUGGGGAUGAACAUGGGAAUGGGGACGAUGGACAUGAAUUCAGUCACGCGCAACAACAUCGCCGGAGUUCCCCCUGUUCUCCACCCUAAUGUCUUGAUGACCCUACCUUCAUGGGAUGGCACCGGCGAUCGCUUGCCCUCUUCUAGCACAACCAUGCCUGAUCCAUUGUCCACAUUUCUUGCUUGCCAGUCACAGCCAAAUAACAUGGAUACUUACAACAGGAUGGUUGCCUUGUAUCAACAGCUCUAUCAAUCCACAACUUCCAAUUCCAAGGGCUAGAGGCUAGACCCUUGGGAUCAAGUAAUAACUAUACAUUGACCUACAUGGGUUUAUCAUCUGUUAUUUGAUUCUUAUAAGAAGAUCCUUCUUCGAGAAAUUGUAUUUAUUUUUUUCUUGCUAUAUAUGCUAAAAACGCUGUAUUUCUUCCUGUUCCUGACUUAAUUCUGCAGUGUGAAAGCAUUAUAUAAUUGUAAUUGUACUUUUGAUGUAUGAUAUAUACUAUUAAGCACUAGCACUUCUAACACUCAUCAGAUGAACACAAGAACUGAAGCUUGAUUGUCAUCCUUAAUUUAUGGAAUACUAUUUCUUUUGCAUU